AUGGGAGUUGAAAAUGAACUUGAAACGAAGUUAUUAAAUUUGGAACCCGAUGACAUGUCCAUUGAGGAAAUAUCUAUGACAAUUAAAAACACAAUACUGGAAGUAACAAACAAUGAAAUGCGCAUCGAGGCGCAAUUUGCAGUAGCUGCCAUUACGAGUGACAUCACACAGUUCAACACGGUAGUAGCAGCGAUUGAGUCAAGUGUUAUCGCCGAUGUAAGUGAUGCAGUGCUUCAUCCUCCUGAAACUGGAAGAUACGCUAAUUUAAAGGCUUGCAUCAUAGAGCGGUACAGUGAGAGCGAGCAGCGGAAGAUUCAACGGUUGUUGUCAGAAGUUGAACUUGGUGAUAGACGCCCAACACAGUUGCUAACGAAGUUGACAGCGUUAGCUAAAGACAAGGUGAGCGAUGAGUUCCUUAAGUCUCUUUGGCUGAAGCGUUUGCCACCACAAGUGCGCGCUAUUCUGCAGGCAUCGAACGUGGCACUAGCAGAACUGGCGAAAUUAGCAGACCGUAUUUGCGAGGCGGGUGAUUUUCAACAGAUAGCUGUAGCGUCAGCCUCUGAUUGUCCAGCCUAUUCUGAGAAUGCUGUGAUUUUACGAAGGCUUGAGCAAAUCGAACAGCGUCUGAGUCGUUUGGAUUUACGUCGUAGUGAGUCGGUGCAAAGUCGAUCGUCAUCGAGGAGGCGUAGGCGAACUCGUUCCCGACCAGGAAGUCAUCCAGAUUGGUGCUGGUAUCACGAAAGGUUUGGUGAUAGAGCUAAUGCUUGUCGGCAGCCUUGUAGUUUUGUGGCAAGCUCUCAUCAGUCAAAAAACUAG